AGUGUUCCGGUGGUGUCCGUCAGGGGGCAGUGACGGGUGCGCUCGUGUCCCGGCAGCAUUAGAAGAAGCAGGCGGAGUUCCGCACGCUUUAGAAGGAUUUUAGCUGUUUCGGGAAUAAAAAGUAGAACUUUUCCGACAUCAUGAACGGAUCCGCACACAGCGCGUCGAGCGUUACAGAUAUUACACUGAAAAGAGGCCCGGCCGGUCUGGGGUUUAAUAUAGUGGGUGGAGUGGACCAGCAGUAUAUAAUGAAUGACAGCGGAAUCUAUGUGGCAAAAAUAAAAGAAAACGGAGCGGCUGCGCUGGACGGACGUCUGCAGGAGGGAGACAAAAUUAUUGCGAUAAAUGGCCAAAAGUUGGAGAAUCUGUCUCAUGGUGCAGCAGUGGAGCUCUUUCGGUCUGCAGGAGAGGAUGUGCAUCUCCGCAUACAGCAGCGACCUAUUCUGCAGAACGGCCCCACAAGCUCUCGUGCCGAUGGAGAAUCUUCAUCUGCUUUCGGUACAUGGACAAUGUGUGCUGUAGUCGCCCUGGCAGUAGUAACAGCAGGUUUCAUCGCUUACAAACGCCUUCACCUGAACCCUCGGGGGGCCCGGGGCCCGUUUUAACCCAUCACAUUUUAUAGACUAAAGCUUUUUUUUUUCUUUUUUUUUGAACUCCCCCAGACACAACCUGGGUGUGAAAAUGGAAACCCAGUUAAUGGAAGCAGAAUGUGCAAAUUUUCUUUAAUUGUUUAUUCCAUGAUAUUAUGACACAUGUAGCUGUAAAAUUUUCACAAUUCAUUUGGUGAUAAUCAUUGGAGUUUAACCAAGAAUACCCAGCAUGCCUGAUGACAUUGCAUGGUGGAAUAAGGGAACAGUGAUGAUGAGCACAGUGUUUGGAUCAACAGCAGCAGAAAUCUCCGUUAUCCGAACUAGACAGAGGGCCGCAGGCAGGAGACAGACGUGGAGCUGUGUUUCUGGGCAGAAGACAGAACCACAGGAAUGAUUUUUCUCAUCUUGUACCUCCAGAGCGCUGGAAUGAGCCCGAGGUUGUACCAUCCAUUAGAUUAUUUGAGGUCUUCUCAGGUACCUGCUUGUGCAAGAGUAUGUUUGAAAGCUGCAUGAUAUGGGUUGAGUUUUUUUUUUUUUUUAUUAAUACUUUAAUUUCUCCUCCAUGUUUGAACAUGCAGGAUGCAUUUCUGUGGCUGCAGUAGUGCUGGGAGAAGUGAAGACGUUCAGUUUGUUUAUUUGCCAUCAGCGCUUGGCCUUGUAUUUGCUCUUCCUCCCUCAGGGGAAAAAAAAACUAAAGGUGGCACUUGUUAGAAUUCACAAUCAGAAUGAAAAUAAUGUAUGUUGAUGUUAUAUAUGGCUUGUGUCUGGAAUCGUCUUGUCUUGUCUUGUCUUGUACACUAAUUUUUUUCUUCACCUCUCUCAACUCGUGCCUUGCCAUGUUGAGCUGCUGGUCUCAGUGCUGCUCCCUGUCUGCAAUUAUAGGGGCGGCAGCUUGUGCUGUUUCUGACUGUAAUAUAUAUUCUAUAACUGACAAAUGUGUUUGUGUUAUCAUGGCGGUUCUUCUGCAGUUGUGUGUGGAUGAAUCCACAUGUAAAGUCUUCACGUAUGAAAUGCUCAUUCACGU